ACGUUCUCUUCAAUACCUUAACGUUUCAGUGCCCGCAAUAAAAUAUGAAAAUAUAAUCCUGAUUAUCUUUUAACUUUGUGCAUUCAACCUCAUAACAAAUCUAAGUACAAAAGAACAUUUCAUUGCUUGAUGCAAAACAAAUGUCAUAUAAAACAAUUGAAUUAAAAAUAUUAUGGAAACUUUUCGAAUAAAAGUUCCUGAACUAAAAACUACAUCUUAUCAACAACAACGAGAAACUAAUUCAAUAAAACGUCGCAGACAAUGUGGGCAGGUAGCUGAGUGCAUAACUCAGCAGGACGCCAUCCUGUCACACAGCAAAAGUCAGCAGAAGCUAAACCAGCACGCAUACAAUCAAUCGAACUCAAUACAGAGAAGUAAGCAGACGCACACACAGACAAGUCCCUUGGGAGCACGAAAUAUUUGUCUACUAUCAACAUUAACUUGAUUGAUUUUACUGGUUAUAAUGAUAGCCAUGCUUAUUGUUGUAACAUUCGUAAUAUCUGGAAAUGGCGUGUUUGCCGCACAAAGAGACUCAUUUAAGCAGAAGGAUCCUAACAACAUAAGUGAAAGCGUAAAUGCCAUACUCAACAGCAUGAAUACAAACAGCAGCAGUAAUGGAAACGGAAACGCUCUGAGCAUUGGAAAUACUAACAAUAUUAGCAACGGAAAUAACAAUGCCAAUAGCGCCAACAACAUUUAUGCAGCAACCACAAGCAUUAGUACGCGCACAGUAGAUGGCAGCACUACAGCCGCAAUGGCAAUAGCAACAACCACAGCAACAACAGCGACAACAACAGCGACAACAACAGCCAACGUUAGCAACUACACCAUUGCUAGUGGCAGUCUGCAGAAAGGUAGUCGCAUAACAUCAGGAAAUUCCGGUAUAAAUACCAACACCAUCGACAUAUUCGAGGACAGCAACACGAACGGUCCAUACUUCGACAGAGUAGCAUCGAAAAAUGUAACGGCGCUGCUAGGCAAAACGGCAUAUUUAAACUGCCGUGUCAAAAAUCUUGGCAAUAAAACGAUGUUAUUACAAGUAUCUUGGGUACGCCAUCGUGAUGUGCACUUACUCACAGUUGGCCGAUACACAUAUACUUCCGAUCAGCGUUUUCGUGCUAUACAUCAACCACAAACCGAUGACUGGACGUUACAGAUAAAAUAUCCACAACAUCGAGAUUCUGGUAUUUACGAAUGUCAAAUUUCAACUACUCCACAUAUGAGCCAUUACAUUUAUUUAAAUGUUGUUGAGCCAUCUACGGAAAUAAUAGGUGCACCAGAUCUUUAUAUUGAAAGUGGCUCUACGAUAAAUAUAACCUGUGUUAUAACAAAUUGUCCGGAACCACCUGCUUAUAUCAUAUGGAAUCAUAAUGACGCUAUCAUCAGUGAAAACUCAAUACGUGGUGGUGUUAAAAUAGUAUUGAUAAAGGGAGAGACAACAAUUUCUUCGCUAUUAAUUGAAUCUGCACAGCCAACUGAUUCUGGUCUAUAUCAGUGCAGUCCCUCGAACGCCAAACCUAAGAGCGUCACCAUUCACAUACUAAAUGGUGUAUCACAUUCCGUUUCUAGGGAAGUACCCAGCAGCAAUGCAGCGCGCGGCACGUCAGCAGCAUCGCAUGCCACUAAGUCUAUAUGUAUUAAUCUAUCUGUCAAUCUACUUCUGCUGUUCUAUAUAUGCAGCACAAUAUAUGAAACUGCGUACAAACUACGUAGAAAUCUAAACAAAAAUCAUUUCCAACAAAUCUUUAACACAUUUGGACUUUCAAGCUUCUUGCGAUCUACAGUUUCUUCUGAACCAUGCGUGAAACCUUCUACACAUUUGCACCCAACUCUUAAAAAUUUUCAAAAAAAAAGCGGUACUGUAAGUGAAAUUCAUACUAAAUCAUCUCAGGUGUGGCACAGAAGCAGUUCCACACUCUUCAUUAUGAACGGACAGAGAGUAAAAAUUAAAAAACUAGUUGAAAGGUGAUUGAAAUGCCAGAAAUUCUCAGUAAAUUAUUAAAUAAAAUUUAAUAAAACGAAAUAAAUAAAUUGAAAAGAAGUUAAUACAAAAUUUAAA